UUGGAAACGGCCCCUCUGGGAAACGACCCCUCGCCUCCCAUGUCAGGGUUGUCACUUUAUUGAGGCCGCUCCACCUCUAGGCCUAAAAGACCCUUUAUACCCAUAGGCAAACUGAAGCCCGGGGGCAAAGCCUGCAGAAAGGCCCCCAGAUCGUUUUCGUUGGAUCCUGUCGAUAUUGCCUUUUGGGGCUUGUGAAGCCAGGACAGGCAGAGCCCUGCUCGGGAAGGACGCCUUCGCGCCCCGCGUCUCAGUGGCUCUCCGGACGGGGUUCCGAGGGAGAGGCACCCAAAAGAGCGAGAAGGUUGCGGACCACUGUUGCUAUCAUGCGCCGGAAGCGUUCACGCAUGCGCAGGCCGUGGCAGGACUCCGUUCCCAGUAUGCAGCGCGGUGGGGGCGGAAGUAGCGGCCUCGCUUGGGAGCCGGGCAUCUCUGGGGCAUCGGACAUCAUGGAGGCGGGAGCAGCGGGGCAGGGACGACGCGCACUUCACAAGCGCCCUGGGGGCCCGGCCUGGAAGGAGACGUACCGGCAGGGAUGCUUUCAGAGGAUGAAAAACAGCCGGGCCCAGCUCCUGGACAAGUAUCGCCGAGUGGGAGAAGCUUCCCGAGGCGUCCUGGCCCAGGAGGUGAUGGAGGCAGAGUGGCUGACCUUGCAGUCCACCCACGAGAGCCUGGUGGCCCAGAGGUGCAGCAAGACUUUUGCACAGGUGGAGGACCCCGAGGACCUUGCUGUCUUGGAGGAAAUCCAGCAGGAGCUCCUGAGUCAAGAACAAGCCUUCAUUGAGGAAUAUGAAAGGAGUUUGCGGUUUGAUGACAGGUGCCUCUGGGCCCUGCUGGAGGGGCUGCAGACAGAUGGGCUCAUCUGUCCGGUGUGUUCAAGGUACAACCUGACUGUGGUAAGAGGCACGGUCCUGUGUCAGUGUGGCCUCUAUCUCUCCUCUCAGGUUCCAGAACUGACAGAACAGACCUUCCGGGCCCUCUUAGAGGAAAGUGUGAACAGACACAGUGAGUUCUGUGCCCAUAGGCCCGAGUUUUCCAUCACCAGCGGGACAGAAGAAAAUGCCUGUCUUCUCCUGAGCUGUGUGGUAGGCUUAGCACACAUUCAGCGCACUGGAGCCUUCUGGCUCCUGAGGGAGGCUCGGUGGGGCUGCCGUCUGGGGGAUGCUUCUGUCUGAUAUGAUGCAUUGCCCUUUGACCCUGAAUCCUUCUUCAUCACAUGUCAGGAAGCGGACUGCCUUUCAGUGGGCAGAAAGGGAAACUGUAAAACCGUACAUGUAACCAAGAAGGGACACAAGGCUAGGACAGUUCCUGGCAGAAGAGCUGGAGUUGUUAGUGGACCACCAGCUUAGAGUGACUCAGUGUCUAAGAGAACAGCCUGUGUAUGGGAGGGGUGGGGAGUGUCACCAUGUCAGAGGCCUUCAGGCCAACCCACACCUAAGGAUCCCUUUGACCACCUGACCCCACAAGGGUCAGCCUACAUUCCCGAAGACUCAUGGUGAGGACGGGAGCCAGAAGAGAAGACUGAGAGCAGGGGCAGGAGAUAGGCAGGUGCUCAUGUGCUGGGCUGUCUGGUGAGGUGGUGAGCUCCCCUUCCUCAUUAUUGGAGGCCUGAGAGGAGAAGCCCUAGUCAGAAAGGCUGCUCAAGACAAGGCAGUGACCCUGCAGGCCAGGCCGCCGCCACCCCCACCCCCCAACCUGGUCCCACUCUGGACCUCCAUAGCCACACAUUGUUCUCUUCUGUGUACAGGUGUGCGACACUUGGAUGGUGGUGCUUUGACGGCCUCC